AUGACUAACAAAAAAAACCUAGCUGUUGGAUUUUUGAAUGCGGGGUCGCUAUCGACCAAUCAGGAUGAAUUUAUAGCUGCCAUAACAGAUUUUAGACCGGAUAUAGUGGCUAUUAACGAGACCUGGCUCAGGUCUGGUGAAGAGAGUAGGGCUCCAAGGUUGGUGGGCUACACUCUGAGACACAUCCCUAGAUCAAUCAAUAUUAAGGGAGGACGAGGUGGGGGUGUCGGGUUCUACAUACGCAAAGGAAUCUAUGCCCGUUGUUGUAAAUAUCCUACGUCUGACAAGGUGGAACAAAUGUGGAUCACGACCCGUAUACAAAACCAAACCAUCACUAUAGGUACAGCGUACAGACCUCCCUGGCAGGAUCCUGGCAUCUUUUUAGAUGCCUUAUCAGAUUCCGUAGCGGCUCUGCAUCGAAAUGACGGAAUAAUUCUAAUGGGUGACUUCAACAUUAACCUUCUCGAGACAAAUACCAGUAGGUUCAGAUUAUUUCGUGAUUUUUUGAAUUGUUUCUCACUACAACAGAUAAUCACUCAGCCAACUCAUUUUACCUCCCGUAGCAGUAGUCUGAUAGAUUUGAUAUGCUCUGACAUGCCUGUGGGCUUGGUUGAUGUAGAACAUAUUCCAGAGCUGGGUGCGCAUGCCCUUCUAAUAGCAGAAUUCAAAAUUAAAAAGCCAAAGUAUCAGCCAACUUACAGAACAUUAAGACCACUAAAAGAUAUCAUUCUUGAUCAGUUUUGUUGUGACCUAAGCUCAACUGAUUGGGAAUCGCUUGAGCAGUGUGGUAGUGUCAGCGAGAUGGUAGAGUCUUUUACCAACUGUUUAAUCAAGAUAUUUGACAUGCAUGUCCCCAUUAUAAACUUGAAAUUAAAAUAUCCCCCCCAUCCAUGGAUUACCGAAACUAUUAGGUCAAUGAUGCGCAUUAGGAACAAAUAUCAUAAAAAGUAUAAAAUAAAAAAGACAGAGAACACUAAGGAAUCCUAUAAACUAAUGAAGAGCAUAGUAACCAAGGCAAUAGAAGAGGAGAAAAAGAGUUACUUUAAUAAAUUUAUCAAUAACAACAUAGGUAACUCCAAAAAGCUGUGGAAAAACCUCAAGCAUACAGUUUUACCUAAUAAAAACAAAACUGCUGACUUACCUUCACACCUUGCUGAUCCUGAUGCAAUCAAUAACCAUUUUCUCACAGUACCGGGUGAUAAUCAAACUAACUUUUCUGAUCUCACUUAUUUUGUGCAUCAUCGUCACUCCUCAUCCACUUUCUCUCUUAGUCCGGUAAGUGAGGAGGUGGUUCUGAAGGCUAUAAUGAGGAUCAAUUCCAAUGCUCAGGGUCAUGAUGGUAUAUCAUUAGACAUGCUCCAGCUGACACUGCCACAAACAUUGCGCACCAUAGUUGCGAUCGUUAAUCGCUCAAUAACAGAAGGAGAAUUCCCAAGUGGUUGGAAAACUGCUAUUUAUUUAUUUAUUUAUUUAUUUUGUUUUUUUAGGAAAGCAUACAGUGAUACAUUUUAA